GGCAUCUCAGCCCGCCUCCGCCCGUGCCCCGCCCCCGCGGCGCUAGCCGAGCCAAGAUGGCGACCGAGCUGGAAUACGAAUCUGUGCUGUGUGUGAAGCCCGACGUCAGCGUCUACCGGAUUCCGCCGCGGGCCUCCAACCGCGGCUACAGGGCCUCUGACUGGAAGUUAGAUCAACCUGAUUGGACUGGUCGCCUCCGAAUCACUUCAAAAGGGAAGAUUGCCUACAUAAAAUUGGAGGACAAAGUUUCAGGGGAGCUCUUUGCUCAGGCACCGGUAGAGCAGUACCCUGGCAUCGCUGUGGAGACAGUAACAGAUUCCAGCCGCUACUUUGUGAUCAGGAUCCAGGAUGGUACCGGGCGCAGCGCGUUCAUUGGCAUUGGCUUCACAGAUCGGGGAGAUGCCUUCGACUUUAACGUUUCCCUGCAAGAUCACUUCAAAUGGGUAAAACAGGAAACUGAGAUUUCUAAAGAAUCACAGGAAAUGGAUAAUCGUCCCAAGUUGGAUUUAGGCUUCAAGGAAGGACAGACCAUCAAAUUGAGUAUUGGGAACAUUACAACCAAGAAAGGAGGUGCCCCUAAGCCCCGGGCCACAGGGGCUGGAGGCCUGAGCUUACUCCCACCUCCACCUGGAGGCAAAGUCACUGUUCCCCCACCAUCCUCAGUUGCUAUCAGCAAUCACGUCACCCCACCACCUAUUCCAAAAUCUAACCAUGGAGGUAAUGACGCAGAUGUCCUUUUAGAUUUGGAUUCUCCUGCUCCUGUCACGACCUCAGCACCAGCUCCAGUUUCUACAAGCAAUGACUUGUGGGGAGACUUCAGCACUGCAUCCAGCUCUGUUCCAAACCAGGCACCUCAGCCAUCCAACUGGGUCCAGUUUUGAAUAGCGUUGGCAGGAAGCUAAGGACACUUGAAGAAUAAAAGUAACCUCAAGGGCACCGUUCUGUGAGGGCGCUGAGGGACCGCCUCAUUUCCCAGAACCAAAUCAGUGGACAAUCCUUUCCAUAGCUUCUCUGUCCCAUCCAGGCUGGACUUUUUUUUGUUACCUCUGUGUUACUUGCUGUACAGCCAGGAGACAAUCUGCUGUUUCCUGCUCAUGACCAAGGCAGGAGAGUGGUGGGGACAGUCGCACUGGCUGACGUACAGAGCUCAGAAGGCCAGCUUUGUGAGCGGGAGUGACCUAACAUCUGUAAAGUCUUGACCUUAUUUCAGAGUCAUCUCACAAUUCCUGUGUGUCUCUUGUGAUGCUCUAGUUAGCAAUUUCAGGAGAGACAAAUGCCUUGAAAUGCCUCCUCCAACCUAAGAUAAAAACGAACAGGCUGGCCAGUACUUACAAAGUCAGGGUUUUUGUCGGGGUAGGUUUGGAGAAAGCUGUGUCCUGAAUCUAUUCUGUAAGCCUCCUCCAAGGCUUACUGCAUUCAGUGAGCAUCCAGUGCUGGGUACAGCUCCUUCACCUUCUUGUG